AUAGUAGAGCCUUGGCAUUGUUGAAAGCUACAUCCUCACGCUCAAAAUACAGGACAUAAGCAACCAUGAAUUGCAAGAUGGCACCAAUUCGUAUUUCACUUUUGUUCUUUAUGGUGGCUCAGGCAACAGCUUAUAGCCUGGAUAGAAACAUUCUCCUGGAAUACAACGUCAGCAAGAACUGGGUCAGUCUGCGCUCGUACCUGAUCGCGGCGCUGAGCUACAACAACUCCGUCGCCGCCAAGGAGGCGGAGGGGAUCUCGCCGUACGACAUCGCGCCGAUGUACCGGAUCGGGUGGUGGGGCGACUUCUACCUGGCGGAGGAGCUGGCUGUGCCCGAGGGGUGCGCAGACAUCACCGACGCCAGUGGCUACGCCAUGCUGCACGGCGCGGCGGCAGGCUGCGAGGUCGAUGUGGCCAUGCAGCUGCUGGCGCGCGGCGCCAACAUCAACCAGCUGGAUGCCGACAGCAACACCCCGAUCAUGCUGGCCGUGAGAUCCGGCUGCUAUGAGAUGGUGAAGUACCUGAUCCGCCGCGGCGCCCUGUUGGACAUCACCAACAACCAAGGUCUCACGGCCCUCCACCCUGCGCUGAGCAACGGGAACCUGCCGAUGGUGAAGUUGCUGCUGGAUGCCGGAGCCAACGUGGGGAGGAACAUCACUCCUAUUGAAGUUGCUCAGAGGAACAACCAUGUUGAAGUGGUGGCCUACCUCACCCAGAGACUGCUCUAGUCAUGAGUGAUUGUGAUGUACCUUGCGUUCUGAUCUUCAAAACUAUAUUCUCUUAACACUUACCUGGAUAUCUUUAUUUUAAAUCCAUACGCUGUUAGCGUAGACUAUUGCUUAAUUUGGUGAUAUCAAAUAAAACAAUUGACAUUCAUAUGCUGUACUUUUUCUUAUAAGUGUUCCUAUCAAAUAAAUGCUCAUAUUUAUUUA